AUGCCCAGCAUCGGCAGCAUUGUCUACUACGGCACCCACCUUGGGGAGCUGAGAAACAUCAUCCAAUGGAAACUCUGGCACGAUGCCGUCCACGAGCGCGACGAGUCCAAGGAGAGCGCUGAGCUAAAGGAGUGCUUCAAGUACCUCAAGAUGACCAGCCGCAGUUUCGCUGCCGUUAUCCAGGAACUUCACCCCGAGCUGCUCGUCCCCGUCUGCCUCUUCUACCUCAUCCUCCGCGGCCUCGACACAAUUGAGGACGACAUGACCAUCCCCUUCGAGACAAAAGAGCCCCUGCUUCGCGACUUCCACAACAUCCUCGAGCAAGACGGUUGGAACUACACUGGCAACGGCCCCAAUGAGAAGGACCGCGAGCUCUGCGUUCACUUCGAUGUAGUCGUGGCCGAGUUCAAGAAGAUCAAGCCUGAAUACAAGGUCAUCAUCAAGGACAUUACGGAUCGCAUGGGUAAUGGCAUGGCCGACUACGCAAAGAUGGCCGACGAGGGUGGCGCUCAAAAGGUCGAGACUAUCAAGGAGUACUACAAGUACUGCCACUACGUUGCCGGUCUGGUCGGCGAGGGCCUGACCCGUCUGUUUGUCGAGGCCAAGCUGGCCAACCCUGCCCUUUUGGAGCGCGAGGAUCUACACGAGUCAAUGGGACAAUUCCUGCAACAAACAAACAUCAUUCGUGACAUCCGCGAGGACCACGAGGACAAGCGCUACUUCUGGCCCCGUGAGGUGUGGUCCAAGCACGUGGACCAGUUUGAGGACCUUUUCCUACCCGAGAACAAGGAGAAGGCUUUGGCUUGUAGUUCCGAGAUGGUUCUGCUUGCUUUGCGACGUGCCGAUGACUGUCUGUUCUACCUGGCCGGACUCAAGGAGCAGAGUGUCUUCAACUUCUGCGCAAUUCCGCAAACAAUGGCCAUCGCAACACUCGAGCUUUGCUUCCAGAACCCAACCAUCUUCGAGAAGAACGUCAAGAUCACAAAGGGCUCGGCAUGCAGACUCAUGGUCGACAGCACGCAAAACCUCCAGGUGGCAUACGACGUGUUCAAGCGUUAUGCCCGUAUUAUUCACAAGCGCAACAACCCGCAAGACCCCAACUUCCUCGAGAUCAGUCUUGCAUGUGGAAAGAUUGAGCAAUUCAUCGAAUCCAUCUUCCCUUCGCAAACUGCUGCCACCUACCGCCAGGGCGCUGUUGCUGCCCCUGCAGUCAAUGACAAAGGCACAACCCUUACACCUGAGGAGCAGGAGAGGAAAAAGACGCAAGAGGCUCAAGACAAGGAGGAGUUCUUCUACAUCAUGCUGGCUGUCGGAGCCACGCUGUUUGUCAUUACCUCUAUUAUGUUCUUCACCGCUUGGAUGAUGGGCGCACGCUUUGACAUUGCCUGGCAACAGCUUCGCAGCGGUAACAUCUGGGCUCCCAAGACCACAGAUGAGGCUCUUGACGCUCGUGAUGCCUUCGAUGCUGUAAAGUCGACUGUUACAGCAACUGUCAAGGCCGUCACAUCAAGUGUCGUCUCUCACGGCGAACUUUAA